ACGUGGCUACUUCCUGUAAAGCUGCAGGGUGGGACAAGCGGAAGCAGCGGCUUGGGGGUGCCUGUACAUUUUUCCUGCUGAGCAGUUGGAUUGAUAUUUGUCGUUCAACAUGCCGGCUUAUCACUCAGGCUUGAUGGUCCCUGAAACCAGACUGGUGGGGAACAUGGCCCUGCUCCCUGUCAAAACACAGUUCAAGGGUCCAGCAAGAGGAGAUGGCAUAGAUUCUGACAUCAUCGAUGAGGCAAUCUACUACUUCAAGGCUAAUGUUUUCUUUAAGAAUUACGAAAUCAAGAAUGAAGCAGACAGGACAUUGAUCUAUGUUACACUCUACAUUUCUGAAUGCCUGAAGAAGCUACAGAAGUGCAGCUCCAGGAGCCAGGGAGAGAAGGAGAUGUACACCCUGGGCAUCACUAACUUUCCCAUUCCUGGAGAACCCGGCUUCCCUCUUAAUGCUAUGUAUGUAAAGCCUGCAAACAAACAGGAGGAUGAGACCAUGAGGGCGUACCUGCAGCAGCUCCGGCAGGAGACUGGGUUAAGGCUGUGUGACCGCGUGUUUGACCCUCAAACAGACAAACCCAGCAAGUGGUGGCUGUGCUUCGUGAAGAAGCAGUUCAUGAACAAAAGCCUCUCAGCUCCUGGACAGUAAACCGCAAAGGACACAGAGGCUGGAAUAAUACGACUUUGAUUAUCUGUAAACAUUUUAUACUGUAUGACAUGAAACAAAAAAUAUAUAUGUUCACUUGUCUGGAUGUUGAUCAUAUUAGGCUGGUGCUUAAUUCAAUAAUAAAAUCAUGAGAUUCGAGACGAUA